AUGACAGCUUUACAGAAUCUGGACACACUCCCAUUUGAUGUGUUUUACCAGAUCGCGACCUCGCUGGACGAUCGUGAUUUUGUGAGCCUCAGUUGCACUAAUCGUGCUCUCUAUUCUUUGUCACAAAGUGAACAGAUCGCACGCAAAAUUCUGGAGAAUGUUUUACUCUACAGUAAAGAAGGUCAGGCUGCUCUGGCAGCCCAGUCUGAUUUUCGCAAGGCCGUCGGGCAUCGGCUUGCUAUCCACGAGUCCGUCGCUACGGCAGAUCCGUACUCGGUGGUCUGCGUAGGUUACGGGGCUGAAUUUAUCUACAACCAAGGCUACUUGUGUUACCGUUCUGACCAUUGGAUUCGGUUGCUGUAUGUGCACGGUCCCGCGUUUAGGGAGCGUGUCAUGGACCUCCGCGAUGUAAUCCCUCGACUGCUGGAAACUGGUCCCGUGGAGCCGGAUGCAGCAGAUCGGGUUACUCUUUUGAGUUACAGUGAUGAUAUUCUCGUGUUCCGAGUGGCCGAGAUGAACGCGACCGAGGACGCGUUGCUCGUGGUCAACAUGGCGUGGCGGGAAACCAACCAGGGACGGAGACGUUUUCUGCUCCGGGAGGCAAUUCCAGCAUCCGCACCGGUUUUUGUACGACACAGCGGAUCCUACAUCUGGUAUGGCACUUUUACGGCCGCCGAUGGUUCGGAUGGUGUAUGGUCUAUCACUGGCGUAGAUCUCGAAUCGUAUGAAUCUAUUAACUUCCUGCUUGACCGAGUGGUCGAUGGCGAUCUUGGCCAAACACUAUGUUUUGAGAUACAUGAUGAGCAUCUCUACGCAGUUUCGACGCAGGUUGCUUCAGAUGACGAUGAAGUACACUCCUCUUUCUACCAUUGGUUCUGUCAUGCCCCUCGCGAAGAUGGCCGAAAAUGGAACGGUCGCUUCUGGCGUCGAGAGCAUCAAGAAGGCCCCAUCAAUGAGAUGUGGACUGAUCUUUCAAUCCGUAAGGAUGAAACGACUGGCCGACCAGUCAUACUAGAAUGCCGCCGUGAGUGGCGGGACGGCAAGAGCGAAAACCAUCGUACAUAUUACACACAGCGACUUCCCACACCGGAAGAAGCUCUAGCGCCCCUUUCAGGGGGUAUCAGCGAAACUCCAUCCUGGGUGUCUAUGGAUGAUGAUCUGGAGAACGACCACCCUUACGAUGAGCGACCUACAAAGAGGUUGCGGCGGAAUUACCAUGCCGAGUACGAGUCUGGCUCUACGAAGCGGCAGGAGUUCAUCCCAGCUCGCACUAAACAUAGGAGUUACCAUCUCGGUGCAUCUACCUUUGUGGACAUUGUCAAUGACCCUGCCGGUAAUAAUUUACGGUCUCGGGAUCGGAUACGGCUCCGUACGGUGUCGCGCAAGCGCAAAAGUCCCAUUGACGAGGAGGGAAUCGAAGGACCUUGCAACCGACUGUUCCAGCCUACCCAGAUGGACCAGGAUGGGUAUCCCAUCGAAGGUUCGGAGGAACGCUUCGAGUGUCGUGGCGUGCGCAUGUGGCCUCCAGAUGACGCCCCACCUGCAUUGCAGCAAUUGCUCUGUCCAGGCCCGCGUACUGGAUCUGUGAAAAGUAUUGCAGAUGAACGCUCAAUCGUCUAUUCAAUUGAUGCUCCAGGACUUCCCCCAAACCAACAAGCUCUUAUCCUCAUUAGCUUUGAUCCUCAGUUUCAAAUUCCAACUACGACGUCUCUUCCCACUGUUACCUCUCGUGCAGAUCAUAAGGAUCCCGAGGAACUGUUCUCAAAAACGCUGAAGCCACUACCUCCAUAUUCUCCUUCAAAUAACUUGGUAGAAGAAGCGCCGCCCUUUUACAUGGGUAUCAAUCGCGGGUACUAUCUGCGUGGAAUAAGGGAUCGAUUUUGGAAGAAGGACGUGGCAUAA